AUGACUACUGCUUCAACUUCCAAGACAUUUUUAAUUCAAGUUAGUUCCUUAUAUCAGUCAACGGAUAAAGUCAAACGGGAACAAGCCAAUGCAUGGCUACAAGCUUUUCAAAAAACGCCAGAAGCAUGGACAAUAGUAGACCAGAUUCUACGGCUGCCGGACGUAAGCCCGGAAGCUAAAUUUCAUGCAGCACGAACCUUUCGUUCAAAGCUGGACGCGAACGGACGCAACGAUCUCCGGGAUUCCCUUUUGGAUUUGCUGUAUCAAUAUCGUGCUGGACCGCGCAACAUCAUCACCCAGAUAUGCCUCUCGCUUGCUGCGUUAGCGCUGCAAAUGCUAGAGUGGCAGGGUGUGUUAUCCCAGUUUAUAUCGGUAUUUGGCAAGGAUCCCGAAACUGUCAGUUGCCUAUUAGAGUUUCUGAAAGUUUUGCCGGAAGAGGUGAAUGACAAUCGUCGGAUACCAAUAAAAGAAGAAGAAUAUCGAGUUCGAUCCAAAGAAUUAUUGACAGAUAAUGCAGAGGAAGUGAUACGAAUCUUAUUAAUUUGCCUUCAAAACUCUGGGUCGAAUACCGAAUAUCAUAGAAAGGUUUUUGAAGCUUUAUCAAGUUGGUUAUAUUCAGGCGAUAUCCCUAUCAACUCGUUAGCAGCGAAUCCUCUGUUAGGACUUUCUUUUGAUGCACUACAAUCAGAAGAAUUAUAUGAUAACGCAGUUGAUGUAGUAUGCCAAAUAAUUCAGGAAUCUCAAGAUAUUCCUGAUUCUAUGCCGGUGAUUGAACAAAUUUAUACUCGAUUAUUACCCUUAAGGGAACCACUAAAAAUCGCAGUUUCAUCCGAGGACGAAGAUGAUAAAGUUCGUGGUUAUUGCCGAAUUUUCACUCAUGCAGGCGAAUCUUAUUUGCCGUUAGUCGUUCAACACUCCGAAGCGUUUCGAAGUAUAGUAGAGGCAAUAGCUGAUUGUACAGCAUACCAUGAUACCGAAAUAGUUCGAAUUACUUUUGGUUUUUGGCAUCGUUUAGCUGAUACGCUGUUUGAACCUAGACAUGCCGAGAUUAAACCCAAAUUCGACGAUAUAUUCGCAAAUCUAGUGGAUGUGAUGAUUAAACACUUGCAUUAUCCCAAAAUUGAUGUUAGUUGGACCGCACAGAAACGCGACGAAUUUCGAGAAUUUCGUCAUGUAAUGGGAGAUGUACUCAAGGACUGCUGUAUUCUCUUAGGCUCAGAGCGAUGCUUAUCUAAACCAUACGCUACCUUGUCAGCACAGCUUGCGAAUGCGGCUAGUGGCAAACCUGUGGAUUGGCAAGAUAUUGAAGCACCUUUAUUUUCAUUAAGAGCAAUGGGAUCGGAAAUAGAAGACGAAGAAAAUGUUAUAUUACCUCAAAUAAUGCAACUGAUAUCACAACUUCCCAACCACCCCAAAAUUCGAUAUGCGGCCACCUUGGUUAUUUCACGAUACUCGUAUUGGACCAGGAAGCAUCCCGAAUUCAUUCCAUAUCAACUAACCUACAUUUCAUCGGGAUUCGACAACGAUGAAGUUGCAGCUGCUGCAGCAUUGGCACUAAAAUUUCUAUGUAAAGACUGUAGUGAGCUUUUGAUAGAAUACCUUCCGCAACUUCAUCCAUUCUAUCUUUCUGUCACAACAACUUUGCAUGGUGUAGAUCUGAUUGAAGUUACAGAGGCUGUUACUCAUGUUAUCGCUGCUGUCCCUCCUAAUGAAUUAUUAAAUGCUUUGCAAAUGUUCUGUUUGCCGAUUGCACAGAAACUGGCAGAAAUUGCGAAUAAAGGAGCCACAGCAAAUGAAACGGAUAUUAAGGAGGCGUGUGAAAAAACGGAUCAAUUGUCCAUAAUGAUUCGAGUUAUUGCGGAACGGCGUGAUGAAAAGAACCCUCCAGCAAUAACUCCUGCUGGACAAACACAUCCAUGUAUCUCUAUCAUACAAGAGAUGUGGCCAGUUUUUGAUCAGCUGCUCACACAUUUCGGGGGUCAUGCACAUUUUUCAGAAGCGAUCUGCAAAUGUUUUAAAUAUUGCGUCGUGUCAUAUCGUGAUGAUUUUCGUCCAUUGCUUCCCGCAUUGAUGGAACGAUUGGUGACCACAUUUGAUGGAACGGGCUUGAGUUGUUAUUUGUGGGUGGCUACAAAAUGUGUGCGCGAACAUAUUGAUAGGGAAGGAAGUGAAGUAGCUUUGACGAUGCUCUCUUUCGUUCAAAGUUUGAGCAUAACAACGUUUCGAAUUCUGAAUGAAAAGAAAAUAAUUGAUAUUCCUGAUGUGAUAGAGGAAUACUUUCGUCUAAAUAUUGCAUUUGUUGAUAGUGUACCCGCAACUUUUAUUCAUUCCUCUAUCUUAUCACCCAUAUUUCAGGCAGGAUUACAAAGUCUAGCAAUAGAGCAACAAGAUGCAUUAUACGCAGUUUUGAUAUUUUUCAGUCGUCUAUUAUCAUACGGAGUGUCAUUACGUGAACCGCAACCUGCUAAUGUCUCAUCAUCUAUUUCACAAACCCACCAGCAGUCGAUACUAGUCAAUACUGACGCGGAUAUAGCGGCAUUGGAAGUGUUGAUUCGUCAACAUGGUAUUGAAUUGGUUAGUCGAAUGCUUGAUGGUCUCUUACACAUUUUCCCAAGAGACCUACAAAUAGACGUGGAUAAUGUCUUUAAAUCACUCGCAAGAAUUUUACCUAUGGAAAGUCAGCAAUGGAUGGCAGAUGUAGUUCAGCGGUUGCCUGAAAAUGAAGUUACCCAGAAUGAUCGAAACGCUUUCAUAAGUGAAUACAGUCGGGCAAUUCAAGAGAAAGAUUGGAGUAAACAAAGACGAGUUUUGAAUGAUUUCGUGGCCGUCUGUAAGAGAAUACAAUACUCUUCUAGAAGACGUCGAAGUACCGAUUUUGCAGAUUAA